AUGGCAGCUGAACCUAAAUCUGUUAACGAGGAAGAUUUGAAAUUAUUGAAAGAAAGAAUGAAUUUAAUUGCAAGUGCGGAUCCGGCCCAAUAUCAUAACGAAUUUUCCUUGCGACGAUACCUAAGAGCUUUCAAAACUGUGGAUAAUGCAUUUCAGGGCAUUCUAAAGACAAAUAAAUGGCGGAAAGAAUAUGGAGUAGCAGAAUUGCAUGAUAAUAAAGAACUUAUUGAAAAGUACAGUGAUAAAGCAAGAGUACUUAAGCAUAGGGAUAUUGUCGGCAGACCAAUCAUUUAUAUCCCAGCUAAAAAUUAUAAUUCCAGUGACAGAGACAUUGAUGAACUUACUAAAUAUAUUGUAUAUUGUCUAGAAGAAGCAAGUAAACGCUGUUUUGAGGAAGUGGUGGACAACUUAUGCAUUGUUUUUGACUUAAACAAUUUUACACUAUCCUGUAUGGAUUAUCAAGUGCUUAAAAACCUUAUUUGGCUACUAAGCAGACAUUAUCCAGAGAGGCUUGGUGUUUGCCUUAUUGUUAAUGCCCCAGCUUUUUUUUCCGGUUGCUGGGCUGUUAUUAAAGGAUGGUUAGAUGAAAACACAGCUGGAAAAGUAAUUUUUGUCAAUUCUGAAAUGGAUCUUUGCCAAUAUCUUAUCCCAGAUAUCUUGCCAACUGAUAUGUAA